GAGGACCACGAUCGUCAGCAUACCGCAGCAGGCGCCCGCGAGCCCCUUGCCCUCGUCGACCAUCGCGCCGGGAACGUGCUCGGCCGCCAACCGCAGCGUCCAGCUCAUCAGCGAGACACUGGACGAGCAGGUGACCGCGACUCGAGCGUCGAAUCCCCGAAGCUCGGCUCGGCGAUCGAGAGCGGACUUCGACGAAUGUCGGGGAGUCGCGAGGCUCCGCUCAUGCGAAUUCUCCGGAUUAGGACGCAACGGAGGCGGCGGUCGUCAAUUCGAAGCUCCAGGACUUGCAGCAAGCUCGACGUGACUUUGUUAUGGCGGUGGCGAACGUGGGUGGAAAUGCAAUCAACUUACAGGUCCAAACUCAAUAUCAAUAUUUGGACGACGAGCUAGCAAAUGUCACACCGAUAUCCGAGAUAACGCCGCCGUAUCUUGGAUCGCCGGAGCCACCAAGCCCAGUCUUGCAGCGUUGCCCCUCGAUCGACAAUCAAUACUUCGUACCCGAGUACGGGAUCGACGACCCAGGCGCCGAGGAGAGACGGCGCUACUUGCGCGAGCGCGGAAAAUACAUCGACCCGUUCGCUCAAUUGCACCGACCCCCCGUGGAGACCGAGGAAUGCUUCGAGCCACCCGACACUUUGCCGGCUGGACUUUUCGACGAUGGCAGUGCCUGCCCGCAGCAAGCUGCUUACUCGGUGCCGAGACGACAACCUUACGAGUACCUGCCGUGCGACGCGGAGCGACUCCAGCGGUUCUUCGAUUUGGAAAAUUACCCGCCUCAGCCACCGCCGCAGAGGCCGUCACCGACACCCGGAGCGCCACCCGGCCGAGAGUGCCUACCGUCCGACCUUUGGGAUUUAGAUGAUCCUUGGUACCUCGAAGCUGACGAACCCGAUCUCAUACAGUUCUGAACACGGUGCUCGCGCUGUAAUGCACAUUCAGAUCAUUCACGAGCAUUUCGAAGCAUUCAAAGGCUGACGAAAUGAAGAAAUAAACCAACGUGCUACUGUCGCAAUGUUUUCAUGACUUCAAAUUUUUCACUUUUUUGAUGACUACUUUGAAAAAUCCGUGAUACUGUAAACAAACAAGUUGUUUUUUAUUUUUGUGCGAAAAAAAAAUUGUUAAAAACACAAUUGAAAAAAUUACGAUGCAUGCAGUGUAAGAAAAAAAAAUUGCAAAUGAAUCGGACAACCAGUAAACAUGUAAGUGAAAUA